ACUGUAUCUGACCCUAGAUGCAAUCGAUCCUUUCGUUUUGAGUCGAGCUCCUCCCCUCUGCUCUCCUCUCCUCUCCGAUCUCCGCUCGCGCACGGGGUGCCCUCACCAUCGCGCCUCGUUCCCCUCCUACGCGGGAGCGCCUGCUCCUCUCUCCCCACCACCGGCGCCGCACCCCCUCCUCAUACUCCCCCUCCCAAGAAACCGGCUGAAGCGAGUGAAAGCGGACAAAAUGAUCGGCGUCGGGAAGGCGAAGCAGUACGCCAACGUCCUCGACAAGCCCCUCAGCCGCGGCAGGCAGGAGGUCAGUUUGAGUGCAUUUGCGUUCUUGUUCUCAGAGUUGGUUCAGUACAACCAAACACAAGUUGACAACAUUGCGGAGCUGGAGCGGAGACUGGAGGAUGCUGGUUAUGCUGUUGGUGCAAGGGUGCUUGAACUUCUCUGUCACAGAGAGAAGGGGAAUAGGCGAGAAACACGACUUCUGGGGAUUUUAUCAUUCAUUCACAGCACUGUAUGGAAGGUCCUAUUUGGAAAGGUGGCUGACUCACUUGAGAAGGGAACAGAGCAUGAAGAUGAAUACAUGAUUAGUGAAAAGGAGCUUCUUGUUAACCGGUUCAUUUCGGUUCCAAAAGAUAUGGGAGCAUUCAACUGCGGAGCCUUUGUUGCAGGAAUUGUAAAGGGUGUAUUAGAUAAUGCUGGCUUUCCUGCAGUAGUUACUGCACACUUUGUGCCGAUUGAAGGCCAGCAAAGGCCAAGGACAACAAUCUUGAUUAAGUUUGCUGAGGAGGUUUUACACCGAGAAGCAAGACUUGGCUGAGCUUUAAGCUAUGGUUAUGUACACCAAAGCUCUUUUUUAUGGUCUAUUUAUGAGGUGAAUUGUUACAGGGUAGUUUGGUGGUUUCUUGUACUUGAUUUAUGUAAUAGUAGUUGGAGAAUACAAGUGAUGAUGGUGGGAUUGCAGGGGCUUCAUCAUUCUUGUUGAAAUUCUAAAUGUAAGGCAUUGCUUUGUCUACCAAAUCUGCUCCUGUAUUAGAUACCUUUCCUGGACUUUCAAAAUUAUACAAAAGGAAUCUUUCAUCUUGACAAGUCA